UGUUGACAAGACAUUACUGUACUAAUGUUCAAUGGUGUUGUAGUGUCAGUGUAUUUGUUUGUUUCUGGACUCGACCACUGUGGCUUUUGGCCACUACAAUGUAUAUAUCGAAAAGUGCCCGGGAAUACAGUAGCCGGCAAUACAGUGCGUCAAUUUUAAUUCCAAGUUCUGAGUCUGUACAGUAUUUAUAACAAUAAGUGCCAGGUUAGCUCUUUUCUCAUUUGAAAAUUCAAAUAAUUCUUCAUGCCCACGUAUAAUAAACUACAAGACACUUCCUCAAUUUUUCUGAGCUGUAUCCAGCUGUAUAAAAGUAGAGUGUAGCUACUGAAUAUCGGUGGUUCAGAACGUUAAUUUAAAUCUACUAUACGUACCAUUGAUUGUGCUACCACGGGCGAGAUGCGUCAACAAGACGGCACCACGAGCCAUGCACAGCGCGUUGGACCUAUCCUACACACCUGUCUGACUGCGUACGUGCUGGCGGUGAUCCUACUGGAAGCUAAAGACAUUCGCCACUAUGGGUUCAAAUCGUCGUUGCUUCUCGCAGCGUCGUCAUCGUCCUGCUCGUUCACGGUCCUGUCGUGUAUGCUGGACUUCCUGCUGCUUCUGCUCAUCACGGAAUAUCUGUACUUGAAGACGGCGAGCAUGGAUCCGGGAUUCUUACCCGUGGUGCCACCAGAUGACAACACAUACCAGUAUCGUCUUGCACCUUCGUUCGGAGAGAAGCAAUUCCAGACGUGGGACUCGCGCUCUCUGUCCAACACUCAAUCCACUCACUCGGGUCUAGCGCCAUGGCCGCCCCAGGUUGUGCUGCCGCAGCUUUUCUGUGGCCUGUGCGAGCGUGCCGUGCCACUGAGAGCGCGCCAUUGUUUGGAGUGCGGCCGGUGCGUGUCUCGCUUUGACCACCAUUGCCCGUGGAUGGGCGGAUGUAUUGGCCGGCGUAGUCACCGCUUCUUCUGGACCUUCCUGUUCACGCAGAGCCUGCUGCUCGUGACGACGUGCCAUAUGUUAUGGGUAUCUAUACGGCCGCUGGAUUUCUUCUCCACAAUUUCCGCCUGGCUGCUCAUCAACAAAUUCUCCCUGUCUGCCUUGGCAAUCAGCUGUGUGGCUCUUGUGUUCAGUAUUCCUCUGUUCCUCUUCCAUACGUGGCUGGCGGUGACGGAGACAACGACCUGGGAGAGUCAGAGGUCCAGAACAAUCAUGUACCGCCGCUGCUUUGGAGGUUGCAGUCCAUUCGAUCGCGGCGGUCCCAUUGCCAAUCUCACACACUUCCUCUUCCCGCCGUCGGCCGAUAGUAUCGAGUGCCUGGACAAUAGCGACACGGAGCAAUGGUGGCGAGCGUUUGGCCGCCGCACACACCGCCUUCUGGCAAGGAACUCUGCUGCUGCAGGGCUGCGCGCGCCAGCUGCGUCGGAUUAUGAUCUGGUGUGACGGCGGCGCUAAAGGACUCUCUCAACAUGCUGGAUGAUGUCAUUGGUGCACUGCAUAGUGCAGGCUGGAUGAUGUCAUUGAUAUACUGCAUAAUACAGGUUGGAUGAUGUCAUUGGUGCACUGCAUUACAUGGCAAUGCCAUGGCCUACCAUGUGCCGCCAGUCGAUAUUCUGGCCCGCUUUUGCCAUUGCUCCACCUCGACUUAAGCAACAGCAGCAGCAGCAACAACAACAGCAACAGCAGCAACAACAACAGCAACAGCAGCAACAACAGCAGCAGCAACAGCAACAACAACCGCAGAAACAGCAGCAGCAGUAGUGGCAGCAGUGGCAACAAUUAUCUUGGUGACCAGUACAGAUCCACUUGUGCUUGGAAUAAUGACAUCAUCAUCCUCUACAGGUUAUGCAACAAUGUCGUGCAUGCACUUGUCUGUAGCGACAUCAUCAUCCUCUGCAGGUUGUGCAACAAUGUCGUGCAUGCACUUGUCUGUAGCGACAUCAUCAUCCUCUACAGGUUGUGCAACGAUGUCGUGCACUUGUCUGUAGCGACAUCAUCACCGCUGUCAUCUUCCCGCCAUCAUUGUUGUCAUGACCAUUAUCUCCUUGCGGAUACAUUGACGGAUGUCUGUUCCAGCGUCAGCAUAGAGCCCCGUUCAUCAAGGGCGAGGUCUUUCCGGCAAGAUGGACGAAUAUCUCGGAUCAGGCUCGACUUGAUGAGAACGCCAGAGACUUCUGGAUGCGUUAGCAAGAGGCAGUUUGGCGCGUUAGCAAGAGGCAGUUUGACGCGUUGGCAAGAGGCAGUUUGACACGUUGGCAAGAAGCAGGUUGACGCGUGGGCAAGAGGCAGUUUGACGCGUUGGUAAGAAGCAGUUUGAUGCGGUGGCAAGAGGCAGUUUGAUGCGGUGGCAAGAGGCAGUUUGACGCGGUGGCAAGAGGCAGUUUGACGCACUGGCAAGAGGCAGUUUGACACGUCGGCAAGAGACUGUUUGCGCGUGGGCAAGAGGCAUUUUGACGUAGGGGUAUUUUAUCCUAAUGCUUCUUCCUAUGCCUCCAAAUUCCUCGGUGAACUUUUCCACCAGUGUGAAGGGUGCCAAACGUUUACGGAGAAAGAAUUAUCAUAAUUGAACAUGCUGCCACUGCACCAGUAGUAAUGCUAGUCUCCAUAAACGGAGUAACAGCGUUCCGGGACGGGUACCUCUGCGUUCGGCUUCCAGGUUGACUGGGCGCAGUUACAGCUAUUCAGCGAGACCGGUGUGCUAUUGUUGUCGGUUGUCAUUUGCGUUGUUUCGGUCUGCCGUGUUGUGUGGUACGGGGGCUUGUUUCGCCGCCCGUCAUCGUGCAAUGCACGCGUGUCUUGAAUCUGUUGAUGGUAUGACUCGCGCGCGUGUCUUGAAUCUGUUGAUGGUACGACUCGCGCACGUGUCUUGAAUCUGUUGAUGGUACGACUCGCGCACGUGUCUUGAAUCUGUUGAUGGUAUGACUCGCGCGUGUCUUGAAUCUGUUGAUGGUACGCCUCAAGGCGUGUGUCUUGAAUCUGUUAAUGGUACGACUCAAGGCGUGUGUCUUGAAUCUGUUAAUGGUACGACUCAAGGCGUGUGUCUUGAAUCUGUUCAUGGUACGACUCAAGGCGUGUGUCUUGAAUCUGUUGAUGGUACGACUCGUGUGUGUCUUGAAUCUGUUGAUGGUACGCCUCAAGGCGAGUGUGUUGCUCCAGUACACGUACCGGUAUACGUGAAAAAGGAUUUCUGUCCAUUGCUUGGGGGUCGUCCACAAAUAUCACUAUUAUUCUAGAGAAGAUAUUGUUUCGAGGAGGGGGCCUGGGCCCUGUCCGUCUCAUCUUUGUGAAAAAAUUAUCGAUAUCUCUA